AUGUCACUCACCUUCUUCGCUGACCUGUCCGGGGGCACCCUGGCAUGGCGGAGAACACUGAAGCCAUUCACCUCAAUGCUACAACGAAUCAGUAUACAGUACCGCUGGAGCCGACCCCGCACACUCUUGGUCCUGCAGGGAGAAGCCAGACACACCGUACACGACCUGCAGGAAGCACAGACCCUGAUGCCGACCCUGGGACUGCCCCAAGAAUCGCUGAAACCCACGGAGAUUCCAAGAACCCAAGGAACACCACAUGGCUGGGACCCGGGGAGGGCUGCCAGCCCUCCCCUGCACGCUGACCCAGUUUUCGUAUAUGUCCCAUUUACCACAACCGAUCUUUUAAACUGGAAGACCCAUAAUUCCUCGUAUACUGAGAAACCACAAGCUAUGACUGAUCUGUUCACCUCAAUAGUACAGACGCAUAAUCCGACAUGGGCUGAUUGCCAGCAGUUACUAAUGACUUUAUUUAACAAUGAGGAAAGGACAAGAAUAAAUCAAGCAGCCAUAAAAGCACUAGAGGAUAGAGCCCGUGUUUUGAACCAAGCUAAUCCAGCAGCAUGGGCCGCAACACAUUAUCCCAACACUGAUCCUGAUUGGAACGUAAAUGGUGCUGAUAUGGUUCAACUCAGAGCCUAUAGAGACGCUAUAAUUGCUGGCAUGAAAGCAGGAGGAAAGAAAGCCAUUAACAUGUCGAAGACAGUUGAGGUGAUCCAGAAAAGCGAUGAAGCGCCCAGUGUCUUUUAUGACCGAUUAUUGGAGGCAUACCGCUUGUAUACCCCCUUUUAUAUGCCUGAAUGUCCAGUCCAAUUGCUGGGACGUGAUAUGCUAUCAAAAUUACAAGCGCAGAUUACGUUCCUACCAAAUGGAACAACAUCCUUAAAGUUUAAUGGACCUUCAGGUAUUAUGACUUUAUCCGUACCAAAGGAAGAAGAGUGGCGACUUUAUACAGUGUUGACUAGCCAAAACCCUAGGAGUGAUGAGACAUUGUUUAACAUACCAGGAGUUUGGGCAGAGAACAACCCACCAGGACUGGCCCGCAAUAUUCCACCUAUAAAAAUUGAACUGAAACUUGGGGUUUAUCCAGUAAGCCUAAGACAAUACCACAUCCCACAGAAGGCUAAGAAGAACAUCCAAUCCUAUCUGGAUAAGUUCAUACGGUAUGGUAUCCUAAAAUUCUGUACUUCCCCCUGGAACACCCCAUUGCUGCCUGUUCAAAAGCCCGGUACAGAUGAGUAUCGACCUGUGCAGGACUUGAGAGCAGUCAAUGAUGCGGUUGUUAGUAUACAUCCAGUUGUACCCAAUCCAUAUAACCUGCUUGCUUUAAUUCCGGGCGGGGCUACUUACUUCACAGUCUUAGAUCUCAAAGAUGCCUUCUUUUGCCUCCGAAUUGCCGCAGAAAGUCAAUGUAUUUUCGCUUUCCAAUGGGAGAACGCUGUAACGGGCUCAAAACGCCAAAUGACUUGGACAAGACUGCCCCAAGGGUUUAAAAAUUCACCUACCCUAUUUGGUUCAGCUCUAAGUCAAGAUCUACUGGAUUUCGAGUCUAUCCCAGGAGAAUGUGUAUUGUUACAAUAUGUAGAUGACUUGUUGAUAGCAGCAGUUACAAAAGAAAAAUGUCAGCAAGCAACGCACAAUCUAUUACAUAUUCUCUGGAAGGCAGGAUACAAGGUGUCCAGGAAGAAGGCUCAGUUGUGUUUGCCAACUGUCAAGUAUCUGGGAUUCCAUAUCUCUGAAGGUCAAAGGAUUAUGGGGCCAGAGAGAAAAGAAGCUGUCUGCCAAAUACCAAUACCCAAGAAUAGAAGACAAGUGCGAGAAUUCUUGGGGGCAGCAGGCUUCUGUAGGAUAUGGAUUCCCAGCUAUGCGAUACUGGCAAAACCUCUGUACGCAGCUAUCAAAGGUACAGAGCACGACCCCUUCUUAUGGACCCAAGAACAGCAAACGGCAUUUGAAGAUGUGAAGAAGGCUUUGAUGAGUGCCCCAGCAUUAGGUCUACCUGAUCACACACGACCAUUCUACUUAUAUGUACAUGAGCAAAGAAGAAUGGCUGUGGGAGUAUUGACACAGUACUUGGGAUCAUGGCAAAGACCUGUUGCCUAUAUGUCUAAGCAUUUGGAUGCAGUGGCCAGCGGACUUCCACCUUGUCUAAGAGCCGUAGCUGCAGCCGCCCUGCUAGUAGCUGAAGCCGAUAAACUCACUCUGGGUCAAGAACUUUAUGUACGAGUCCCACAUGCAGUACAGACGUUGUUGGAUUACAAAGGAAAUCAUUGGUUUAGUAACAGCCGUAUGACCAAGUAUCAAGCAAUGUUGUGUGAAAACCCAAGAGUGCAUUUAGAGACUGUAAACACCUUAAAUCCAGCUACCCUUUUGCCACAACCUACUGAAAGUCAACAUGAUUGUUUGGAAGUAAUGGAUGAAGUAUUUUCAAGUAGACCAGAUCUUCGUGAUUUUCCCAUCCAGAACCCCGAUGUUCAAUAUUAUACCGACGGCAGUAGUUAUGUGAAAGAAGGGAUCCGCUAUGCAGGAUAUGCAGUAACAACAAUAGACAAGGUGAUAGAAGCUCGGCCACUGGCGAAAGGAACAUCAGCACAAAAGGCAGAAUUAAUAGCACUAACACGAGCGUUACAAUUGGCUGAAGGUUUAAGAGUGAAUAUCUAUACGGACUCUAAGUAUGCGUUUUUAACCACUCAUGCCCACGGAGCUUUGUAUAAAGAAAGAGGACUACUGAAUUCAGAAGGCAAAGAAAUCAAAUACGCAGCCGAAAUCCUACAACUAUUGGAAGCAGUGUGGGAGCCGAAAGAAGUCGGUAUCAUA